AAACUCUUGUUGAAUAGGUUUCAAUGCACAUUGUGUUAAGAUGUGAUCACAAUUGUUGAAUUUGUGCCACAUGUUAGUCAGGAUAUGAAGUGGCUUUUUCCACAACAGAAAGCUAAACUUCUCCGAUAUAGUUGAGUAGAAUUAAUUACUUGAAAUUUGCUGAUAACUUGUCUAAUAAACAGGAUGAAUCUAUGUUUGUAUCUCAGCAGUGUCCCCUCAAACCUUUUUCAGCAAACAGCUUAGAGGUUGUGGGGCAAUGGUAGCAUCCCUGUCUCUGAGCCAGAUGGUCCAGGUUCAAUUCCCACAGCGUGUCAGAAAGAUUGAUCUAAAAGAAAGUACUGAACAGUCAGCUUGCCUCACUGAGGGUUAGAAUAGUUGUCUAUUUGUAUAUGUUAGCUUGAGAAAAAUCAGAGUUUGUCACUUUGCUAAAUCUAGUAGUUUAAUACAGAAUUGUCAAAGUAUUUUAAACUUGAGCUGGGGAAUAAAUAGUUUUAUCUGGCAGGGAGAAGAGAGGAAGGAUAGAAUUACCAUGAUGCUGGUCCACUAAAGAAUCUGGCUGUCUUAUCUUUAUUUCUUAUGCAAAUUUACUUUGCUGCUGUGGUUACGGGUGAUUUUGUUUCAGCAAUUAUGCUGCUAGUCUUAAAUCUUUCGUUGGGUUUCCAUGCCAACAGUUCAUUCCAAUGAUCUUUUGAGGGUCGUGUCCUUGCUCUUUUUGGCUCUCUCGCUGUCUGUUCCCCAUUGCUCUGGUGAUUGUCCAACCUGGCUGUGAUCCAACUCCUCAUCAUUUUCAACAUUAUUAAUUUUCACAGAUGGCAGAGCUGGACCUAAGCAAAUUGAGUUGUGAAAUGGGCAAAGCUUUCUCGGACAAAGAGGCUGUUUUGUUUGGAAAGGAAAGUUUCAAAAAUAAUAACCAGCAUUUAGAAGCAGAACUGAAAAUCCUUAAACCAAGUGAGAACACCCAUAAUGCUCCUGUAUUUCACAGUGAUCAGAGAGUAUGGCACAAAUGUAAGGGUGAUUUUGUGCAAGCCAGGUUAAGUGAAAUGAGUAUUUCAUCCAGUCCUGAGCAAAUCUCACAGAAUACUCCAGUGACACUUCAUUCUGAGACAAAUGUAAACUAUCCAAACAAUAAUGCAUUUCUGAUGCAAAUUGGUGACAAACGUAACACGAGCUGCGACCAAAACAUCUUCACCAAAGUCCAAGAUAAAUUUGUCCCUUCAUCUCCAAUUCUGGAAUUUCAGGGCGUACGUCGUCAAGUCACAGUGCAAGACUUGGUCAAGGCUGACCUCCUGAACAAAAAUGUUGCUGAGCAGCUUGAGAAAGGAGUCAAGACCGUUUCUCAAGUUGAAAAUUCCCUUGGCAAGUAUCUGAACAAAAUUAAUUCAAUUGCUGGCUUGUACUUAGAAGCCAGUAAGCAGAAAAUGUGCUUCUAUGAGGCAGCGAGAGCAGGGAUCAUUGAAUCCUCUGUAGCCCUUGAGUUUUUGGAAGCUCAAGCUGCAACAGGCUAUAUUGUCCACACACAGUCCAAUGGAAAGUACUCUGUUCAAGAGGCUGUUGAGAAAGGACUCAUUCCUCUAGAGUUCAAAGAAAGACUGCUUGAAGCAGAGAAAGGAGUCACAGGGUAUUUUCAUCAUGGCAAGAUCCUAUCUGUAUUCCAAGCCAUGGAGAGCAAGCUGCUUCCAAGUCAAAUUGGAAGAAGGCUGCUCGAAGUUCAGAUUGCAACUGGAGGAAUCAUCGACCCAGUGCGGAGUGUUAGAUUACCUUUGGCGACUGCAUGCAAGCAAGGUCUCAUCAACCACGACACUAUCCAAAACCUGUAUAAGGUGCUUAAUAACAUGAAAGGCUUUCACAAUCCAAACAACACCAAACAAGCUAUGCAUUACGCAGAAUUGAUGAAAUUUUGCGUGGUGGAUUUAGAAGGGAAUUAUCUUCUCCUCCCCUUUGGGACCCGCAAGAUAUCCACUCCAUCCCCUGCAAGGCCUAACACUAUUUCAGUGGUUGAUACCAGCACAAAGUCAGAAAUAACUUUAUAUGAUGCGUUUCUGAAGUACUAUAUUGAGAAGCAGACCUACCUUGAACUUUCAGCACUGCAGUCCCAGUGGAGGGAGACCAUUGACGAGGGCAGCAGUGAGUAUUUACUUAUUGACAGUAACUCUGGAAGGCAGUUCAGCCUCAAUGAUGCUUUAACCCAGGGUCACAUCAGCCAAACAGAACUUAAUAAAUACCGGGAUGGCCACAUCACAGUGACUGAGCUGGCUGACAUGUUGAUAAGCAGAGCCUCUGUAGCUUCCAAUCCCAAUAGUCCAAUUGCAGGCAUUUGGAAUCCUAACAGCUGUAGAAGAAUUUCUAUCCUGAAAGCCAUGCGUCAGAAUUUGGUGGAGAGGCUGACAGCCACUCGAUUGCUUGAGGCGCAGGCUUGUACUGGUGGAAUAAUUGAUCCAGCAACUGGGAAGAAAUUCUCCAUUUCAGAAGCAUUGCAGCGAGAGUUAGUUGACAGUGAAAUUGCUGCUAGCAUCCAAAAAUCUCAGCAAGCUUUCAGAGGUUUCCUUCAACCUGGGACACAGGCAAACAUAUCAACUGCAGAAGCUGUGCACAAGAACCUCUUGGGUCAUGACCUCGGUCAACGAUUCCUUGAGUUACAAUAUUUGACUGGCGGGCUAGUGGACCCAAAUCUUCCAGGAAGAAUUUCCUUAGAAGAUGCUCUGAGAAGACACCUUAUUGAUGACAAGACCGCUCAGAGAUUGACAGAUGAAAAGAUGCAUGCCAAGAACUUGGUUUGUCCCAAGACCAAACAAAGGAUUUCAUACAAAGAGGCUUUGGCCAGAGCCAAAUUCGACUGCCACACAGGUUUGAGACUGCUGGAAGCAGCUGAAUAUCCUAACACUUCCGCUUAAUUACAUACCAUUUUGUUGCCCAUCUCCUUUUGCCACACACUUUCUCUGCUCGUGUAUACGCUAUAGCAGCUAUGCGUAGGGCUUUGGUUUGUUAGAACAUGAACACUUUAGAUUCCAGCUUCUAUGUGCUUGAACACUUGACCAUCCUCCAGUAUCUUUUCCCACUGACCAUUCUUCACAAGCUGAUCUAACAUUUCAGUGUCACUAUGUGUUUUGACAUCGGGAGUACCAUGAUUAAGCCUGAUCUGGAAACCUCAGAAUUAAAUUCAGCCACAUGUUCUCUGACAGCUGUUUUCUUCCUUGUCCUCCAAGCCUUGAGUUGCUGAGCCUGAUUUCCAUACUUACACCACCUUUCCGCUGAGAUCUAUUAACUUAAUAUGAACAUAGAUUGACAUUCUAGUCAACUUGGAAUAUCCCAGUAAAUGAUCUGGUUAUUAACUGAACUGUUGUGGCAUAUAACCUACAUUUGUGUCACUUUUCUUCCUCACCUUUCAUCAUUGUCUUUCCACUUUGCUGUUACAAUUUAAAUUCGAAACAUUAACUUGCUCUCUCUCCAUGGAUGCUGCCUGACCUGCUGUGAUCUCCAGCAUUUGUUGUUUUCAGUACAAAUUCCAGCACCUGCAGUAAUUUGCUCCUUCAGCACAAUUUCUGUUUGCUUCUCACCUAGUUGACCAGAAUGGACACAAAUGAGAGCUGUUGAGUGAUUUGCAUGGAAUCCUGGUCAGAAUCGCAUAAGAGUGCCAAUGAUGUGAACUGGGACCUGUGGUUAGAUUCUAGAUCUGAUCCGAAUCCAAAGUCACAAUAAAAGGUAUCCCUAAUGCGAUAAAAAGAUUUAGUCUCCACAAGAGUGUACGGAGAUUAUUCCAAAUGAUACGACAUGGGUAGAUAGAUAUGUGGCAGGUGGAUUAGUGAGAGUGAGGUUAUCCUCUCAUGUCAGUCACUUUCUGCCUCUGUGUGUUUGAGCAUCCAUAACAUGACUGGUUGCCCCCAGUUGUCACAAAUAAUGAUGACCUGUUCUGUGUUUUAACACCCUGAGCAUUUGAUGCUUCAACAUCUAAAAAAAACACUAUUGUCCAUUUUUUGAAAUUCAUUCAGUUUUUAUAGUGCACCUUGAUUGUCCUUGGGGAAUGUUGCUGAGCCACCUUCUUGAAAGCUCUAGUCCACGUGAAGGGGAAAAGUGAAGGGUAAGGUACGUCCACAGUGCUGUAUCCGUGCUCUGUAGUGCUCAAAAUUAUGAAGGGUUUUGACCAUACAUGAGGAGAAACCAUACUGUUCAGUAACCAGUGGAUAAAGCUUCAAGAUAUGUAAUUGGCAUAAUAGCUAGAAGACAUCAGGAAACUUCAUGCUAUGCAUUGUUUUCUGGAAUGUAAAGAUCUGCAGGCAAUGGAAGCAGAUUUAGCAGUAACCUUCAAAAGGGUAUUGAAUAAACAUGUAAUAGUGAAGCAUUUGAAGGAUUAUGAAGUGAGUGGGAUGAAUCUGAAAGCUCUUUAACAGAUUUGCCACAGGCAUAAUGGGCUAAAUGAUCUCCUUCUGUACUACAAGAUUCCAUUAAUUAUUAUUAUCAUUGGAAUGAAUAAUGUAAGAAAAAUUGGGCUAUCUUAGCUCAUAAAGCUAAUUUUUCCUUCAACGUUUUGCUCAUGAGCAUUACACUUUAAAUGUUCUGGUGAAUAGAUACGCUAAAAUUGCAUAUUAAUGCUCAAAAUAGCAUUUGGAAAUAAACUAUAAAAUGUAAGCUCCUUCAGUAGGUUCCUUUAGUAGGUUUUGCUGCAAAAUUAGUUUUGUCAUAACCACCUAGCCCCCUGUGAAAUUUAGCCAGCAUCCUGCUGUCAAAGGAGUCCUGCCAAGUUGCUGUAAUACAUCAUGUAUAGAGAUGGUACAGACUUCUGCCAGCAGAUGCUGGUGGUGGAGAGAGUGAAUGCUUAAGGUGAGGUGCUAGUUAAGUGGACUGCAUUGUCCUGGACAUGUCAAACUUCUCAAAUGUCAUUGGCUGAAAUCUUCCAGGCAAGUGGGGAACACUCUAUCCCACAUCUAACUUGUGCCUUGUAGUUAGUAGACACCUGUAGAUGGGUUGGGGGAUUGCAGGGCAUUUAUUUGUGAUUGCAGGAUGUGGAUGACACUGGCUAGGCUAGCUUUUCUUGCAUAACUCUAAUUGUCCUCCACAGCCACCUGAUGAAGGAGCGGUGCUGCAAUAGCUAGAGCUUCUAAAUAAACCUGUUGGGCAAUAACUUAGUGUUGUUUGAUUUUUCACUUGGUCCACCCCAGUCCUACACCGGCACUUCCACAUCAUGUCCUCAAGUAGAUGGUGGUGACUUGCCUCCUUGAAUAAUUGCAGUCCAUUAUCAGUCAGGAGGUUGGUUUUUGCUGUAGGACUUCAAGUCUCUGAUAUGCUUUUGUCAUCACAAUACUUAUAUGGUGAAUCCAUUCAAUUACUGGUUAGUAAUGACUCUCCCAGAUCAUUAAUGCUGUGGUAAUACUGCUGAAUGUUGAGAGCUAAUGGACAGUCUCUCAUGGAUAUUGUCAUUGACUAUCACUUACUUUACAUGAAUGUUAUAGGCCAUCCCCAAGCCUUAAUGUUGUCCACAUCUUGCUGUAUAUGUAUAUGGAGUGCUUUAGUGUCUGAGGAAUGCGAAAGAUUCUAAACGUUGUGCAAUCAUUGUCAAAUAUCUCCCAUAUCUAUCAUGAUGGAGAAAGACCAUUGAUAAAGCAGCUGAAGAUGGUUCGGCCUUGGAAGCUAACGUGAGGAAUUCCUGCAGCGAUGUCCUGGUGCUAAGAUGAAUGGC